AUGCAAGCACAGCCUGUGGCAGUAUCUCGUAGAGACACUGCGCAAAAAUCUCGGAAGCGUCCUCGAUCACAGCAAUCAGGAGAAAAAGAUUGCGUUCCGAGUACUUCCAUUUUAAACAAUUUCGAAGUCGUGGAAAACGUUCCGGGUGCAAAUUCUUCAUAUCUUUCUAGCGAUAUAUCUAUAGAGGAAAUGGCAGAUGAGGGCGAAUUAACAUCGCUUGAGCUAUUUGAGCAAGAGAGUACUAGCACAAUCCUCAACCAACGCAUAUUGAAAACCUCACAGAUUGAAGAAUCGAAUUCCACUAACAAUGAAAGCAACUUUGCGAGGACUCCAACGAUUGCGUCCACUGUGCUCUUGCAGGAUUUGACUUCGCAGGCCCCUCGUGCACUGGAAGUAAACUUGAAUGACGUAGAUGAGAAUAGUCUCAAUUUCACAACUCACCGAAGUUCAGUACGUAGAGGGCACCAAGAUUGCGAGGUUACACUACUUCCCAGUGAGAUCUCUUCGACUACAUGGGGAACUGUGUAUCCUCCUCCAAGAACUGCGUUCAGUGAGUCUUUGAAUACAACUACAGAGCAGUCUACGAUUCAGGUCGGGUCACAUGAAACCGUUGCGCUAAUUGAGUUCGAGUUGUUCUUCGAUAAACGCAUGUAUGUUACCCUUCAUCAGAAGUUCUAUAUUAUUCAAAGCGGAAUCAUUGGGGAUGGGAUCAUCACUAAGAUACUUCCAUCGCGCACCAAGUCCACUCCAUUUGAAAAGCUGAUUGAAGAAAUGCAGCUCACUCCCCGUGAGAAAAUGUGCGAUGACAUUCUUUGCGUUAAAAAUUCGCCCAAAGGAGAAGAACCUUGCAGCUCACACUCGGGCAAGAACAAGAAUAAGAGCAAGAAAAAGUGAACAUAUAUGAUUAUUGUGUUCGUAUGUUAUUGAAGUUGUUGAUUCAUGUCUUAUUAAUAUUUGGAUCAUGG